AUGGGUGGUUGUAUGUCUACGCCUUCAGAGGAUCCUGUGGCUGAUAAGAGGAGUAAGGAGAUUGACAGACAGCUGAGAGAGGAUGAGAAGAAGUUAGCGAAAGAAGUCAAGUUGUUGUUAUUGGGUGCGGGUGCUUCUGGGAAAUCGACCAUCUUGAAACAAAUGAGGUUGAUACAUAAUAAACCAUUCGAACCUAUUGAGAUUGAAGAUUAUCGUAAACUCACAUUUUCGAAUAUAGUCGGUGGUAUGCGAACAAUCAUAGAUGUAAUGGACGAAUUGAACCUUGCCGUCUUAUCCGAAAAUCGUCGAUAUAUCUCUUUAGUAGACUCCGAACCACCUAUCAACACUGGUGAAACGUAUCCUAUAAAAUACCUAAACGCUUUGAAAUCCUUAUGGGCAGACCCAAAUGUUCAAGAAUGUUACAAGAGAGGAAAUGAAUUUGCUCUGGCGGAGAAUAUGCCGUAUUUCUAUGCGGAUCUAGAUAGGUUGUUUGAAAGUGGUUAUAAACCUAGUUCAGAUGAUAUUUUGAGAGUUAGAAGUAAAACUACUGGUAUCACUGAGACGAGAUUCCCACUGAACGAUGUGGUUUUUAGACUAUUCGACGUAGGUGGUCAACGGUCCGAGCGACGAAAAUGGGCGUCAUGCUUUGAAAACGUCACUGCCAUCUUGUUCUUGGUCUCCCUCUCGGAUUACAAUUCGUGUUUAAUAGAAGAUCGAGAAUCAAAUGGUAUGCAAGAAGCUUUAUUAUUAUUUGAUUCGAUUUGUAACUCCCAGUGGUUCGUCAAAACGUCGAUUAUUCUAUUCUUGAAUAAAGCGGAUAUCCUCAUGGACAAGAUCAAGGAUCCUCAACAACAGAUCAAGAAGCAUUUCCCAGAAUUUGAAGGCAAACCUGGAUCUUUCAAUGAUGCUGUCGAAUUCUUCAAAAUGAAAUUCCGAACACUCAACCGAACACCUUCCAAAGAGAUUUACUGUCAUGUAACGACUGCGGUUGACGUACAGAAUGUCAAGAUCGUCAUGGCUGCUUGUCAAGAUACGAUCUUGAAGAAUGCUUUGAGGGAUAUGGCUAUAAUAUAG